AUGGAAACUACUUAGCAAAUUUAAAAUGUUUAAACAAAAUAGGUUGAAAGUAUAUAAAAGUUAAUUAUUCCUAAGAUAGACAUAAGUGGAUUAUCUCUAGAUCAUUCGAAAUCUUAGUAAAUACAAAAGAAUCUAAGACAAAAAUCUGAUAGUAGCUAAAAUAAAUCUCCAUUAAGCAAUACUCUCAGUAAAAAUGAUGACUUAAAGAAAAGGCUGUUGAAAUACCCAUCAAAUGACUUAAUCUCAAAGAAUGAGUUAUAGAACAGUUAAAUUCAUUCAAAUUUUGAAAAUGAUAUUUCUGGUUCAUAGACUCAGAGUCCUUUGGAUGUAAAAAAAUCUGGCUGCAAUUUGCUAAAAGAUUAAAUAAUUGAAUAAAAAAGACAUAAUAUAAAAGAGCAAAUUAUUCGCUAAUUAACUUAACAACAAUAAGUAGUAAGUGAAAAAUAUAGUAAAAAUAAUUCGGUUUAAGAUAGCAAUGAUGGAAAUCAAGAUAUCUCCCCAAAAGCUUUAAAUUUAAACUAAUUCUUGCUUAGAAAAGACUAGUAUAUUGAGUAGAAAAGAAACUAGGUUAAGUAGAAAUUGGCUGAAAUAGGAUUGGAAGAAACAAAAAAAAAUUUAGUUUAAAAUAUUAAGAGACAAAAAUUAUUUUAGAACAAGUAAAGAUAAAAUGAAAGCAUAAAAAUUAAUAAUAUUGAUAUAAAAUCAAAUAUGUCAAAUAGAAAUGCAUAAAUUAAGCUUGGAAUUGGUAAGAUAACUUAGAGCAGAAAUAGUUCAAUGAUGGAAAAUUCAAAAUUGCUUUCUGUAAAUAAUACCUCAAUAAACACACUAAAAAAAUAGAGUAUAUCUUUAAAUGGAAGUUUAGAAGAUUAGUUUGACUAAGAGUAAAAUAAAUUGAAAAAAACUACUAAAGAAAUAUACUUUUCUAGUGUAAUUGAUCCUAUUGUUGGAAGCUAAAGUGAAAGUACAUAGAAUUGUAAUUAGAUACCUAUAAGAAAGAGAAUUCCUAAUAUAACAGCUGAUCCUUAUAUGAACUAAGCUUUAGGAAUUUUAAUGAACAAAACAAAAGAGUAAAGAAAUGGAGAAGAUAUUCAAAAUAUAAUGAGAGCAACUAAACAAAUACCUUUCUUUAACAAAAUAGAAUCAAAGGUUUUGCUUUUUUAAAGCUUAUGCAAAGCAAUGUAGUACCAAUAUAUACCUAAAGGAGGAAUAGUUUUUUUUUAUGGAGACUUUCCUGAUCGCUUUUAUAUUACAUUAAAGGGAAAAGUCUCAAUUCUUAUACCAAAAAAACCCGAAGAAAUCCAUAAAGAAGAUUAAGUGGCAAAAGAGCUUAAAUCAACUUAAUAACUUAUUUAUACGAUCCAUAAAAGACUUUUGUAUCGAUCACUGCACAGAGCUUACAAAAGGCUUUGCAAUAUUUUGUAUUUCGUUUUAAUUGUUAAAGUCAAAGCAAACAUUCUUCAAAAAAUUCCUACCCAAUAAAAUUUUACAAAAUCAAGAAUUGAUUUCACUCUCAAUUCUCUAGCUGAGGAGGGAGAGAAUCUAGAAAGUGAAGAUGAUUCAUAAGAAUCUUUGACUGAAUUAAAUAAUAAUUCGAUAGUAAUUUAAAAUACCUAAAGUAAAGAGUAAUUACGUUAAAAAUCUAAAGUAGAGCUUGGUUAAGUUAAUAUUGAAAAAGAAUUAGAUAAAGCAAUGUAAAUUAUCCGUUCAUAAAACUCAGAGAAGAAGAUUAUGUUUAAACAGAUGCAUGCUUAAAGAUCAAGUUAAAAAAUAGAUACAUCAAAGGCAAAGAAUAGUUUUAUGGACUUAAGCUAAUCAUCAUAUAGAAAUAUAUAAGUGAAUAAUUAAGAUUAAAAAUAAUCAAUUUUAAAUACAUAAAGAAGCAGCAAUUUGAAUAACAGUGUAAAUAUUGACAGAAAAUAAGUAUAAUUUGAAGUGAAUAAUUCAAUAGAAUAAAAUGUUUAAAGAGUAUACAGCAUCCCUUAAAACUCUGCUAGAGGAUAGAAUUCAGAUAGAGGUUAAAUAGAUCCUAAUUUAAUUGAAGCAAAUACUAAUAAUUUUACGAUGCAAAACCAAUAAAUUAAAAAAAAAUAUUAACCUAUAUUACCAGCUUAAAGUUACUAUGAAAUAAAUAAUUAUUAAAACUAAAAUUUUAAAAAAGAUUAAUAAAUUUAAUCAUAUUAAGUUAGUAUUCUUUAAGAAGAUUCUUCAUAUUCUGUUUUAUAAAAGAAUUAAAAUGAUAUUUAUAACCACCAUGAUUAAGAAAAAUUUGAAGAGAAAGAAUUUCGAUAACCUGUGGAGAAGUUCAAAGAUUUGUUGAUAAAUAAAAUGGUUUAAGAUGAAUCAUCUGACCCCAUGUAUAAUUCUAAUUAAUUAUAUAUAGCAAAGCUAGAUAAAGAUAUGAAAGAAAUUAGAAGACCUAGCUAAUUGAAUAUAAAUUUAGCUCCUUAAGUAGAAAAUGUUCAACUCGCUCAAAAGUUAUAAAAUAUUUCUCAUAAAGUUGGAAGAAGGAGAAGUGUAUUGAAAGGAGCUAUUGAUGCUUUUGUUACAAAUAGCAGUAGUUCAAGUACUUACAAAAUGUAUUAAGAGCAAAAGAAGGUAAUUGAAUAGCAAAUAAAAGGGCUUGAUUUGGAAAAACUUGAAAACGGAGCUCAUUUUUUUGUUAAUAACACAUUUAAGUACAAUCAUGCAUUUACAUCAGGAGAUGGAUUAGUUUUCGGAGAAUUAGGUAUCCUCAAUAAAAAACCUAGAGCAGCCACAAUCAUCUGUUUAGAAGACUGUUAUUUCGGAUAUCUUUCUUCUUAAAAUUAUUAGCAGAUUCUUAUGAAAAAGGAGAAAGCAUCCUUAGUUAAGAAAAGAGAAUUUAUUGAAUCAACAUUAAUUCAAAACAUGCUCUCAGGUGAGAAAAUGUCUAAAAUAUCAUAUUACUUUCAUAAAAGGAAAUAUUAAAAUGGAGAAAUCGUUUUUAAAGAGGGCGAUGCAACUAAAUAUGUUUAUCUGGUAAAAAAAGGAGAAAUAGAAUUAUAGAAAGAAAUAGAGAUUACUUAAAACGAAUAAGAGUCUACUAAAAUAGUUAUUCGUGUUGCUAAGCUGAGUUCUAGAGAGUACUUUGGUGAUUGUGAUAUUUAUUUUAAUAGGAAUCGUAAAUUUACAGCUAUUGUUACUUAAUAAUCAACAUUAUAUUAUUGUGAGAAGAAUUAAUUUAUCAAGCAGUUGGAAGAAAUGAAAUAGUUUUAUGAAAAAUAUGCUGAAAGGAUAAAAACCAAAGAAGAGUAUAGGAACCAAUAGAUAGAAGAAUGUAAAAGAACGAGAAACUAUGAUAAAAAUUUGACAAAAUUAACUUCUCCAAAGAAAAAAAAUAAAAGAAGUGUGAAUCACUUGCAAAUAGAACAGUAAAAAAUGGAUGCUAUUAUAUGUGGGGUUCCCUAUAAUUAGUAAAAUGAUGGAGAAAAUGUUAAUAGCAACUCACCAGAAUAAAAUUACUACUUUCACAAGUAGCAAUUUAUUCCAAAAUUGAAUGAUGAAAAUGAAACGGAAGGUAACACUUCAGAUAGAUUACUUAUGGUUAAAUCUUCUUUUUAAACUCAUCAUCAAAAAUCUCCUACCACAAUAAAAGACACUAAAUAUGAACUGAUAAAAAAUUUAUAAAAAGUUUAGCUUUACAAUCAAAUAUAAAAUUUGAGCAAGACAAGCUAGCAUUCUGAAAGUAGUAAAUAGUUUUUUACUCCCGUAAGAGAUAAAUAGCAAAAUAACAUUUAAGGAGAGAAUGCUGGAUACUUAAGUGCAAGAUAUCAAAAUUAGGAUUAAAAAAGUUAGAGAUAAGAUUAACCUACACUAAAUACUGAAAGGCUUUAGCAAUAUAGAGUUCAAUCAGGAGUUAAGUCAAAGUCAUCAGCUAAUUUAAUAGAUCAAUAAUUAAGAAAUCUAGAUUAAAUAAAAGACACAUAGAAUCAAGAUGAUAAAAUUGUAAAUAAGAUGUAUACAGCAAGUGAUUAAAUUACAAGUAGAAGUGUAUAAAAUCAAAAUAAUAACAACAUUUAAACAAAUAAUGGCUUAAUUACAAACAGAAGUUAAUUAAAUAGUCAACUACAAUCGAAUAGAACUAUAAGCAUAUUUGAGUAGUAAAUGAAUGAUUUUGCCAUGUAAGAUUAAGCGAAAAAGCAAAGGAUUGCUGGAUAAAUAGUUUAAAAUAUGCAAUAGGAUACUAUAUUACAAGAAAACUUGCAAAAAGAAUAACUGUAAGAAUUGAAGGAAGAAUUUUUUUCAGGUUUCGAAAUCUUAAAAAAAUUGAAAAAGGACAUUAAGAUCAAUAAAGAAUUGCUUAAAAAGGGAACAAAACACUAAAAGAAAAUAAGUGCACAUGAACAGUAUAAAAUUACAAAGGAAGUUUGCAUGUACAACGAUGACUUUUAUUAAAGGGGAUAGAGAGUUAACUAAAAUAAAAAUAAAAUUACUUAAUUAGAAAUCGAAACUGGAACAAGAAAAUAAAUUCAUCAUUAAAAAAGAGGCUCAUAAAUAUGCUCUAUCUAUUCAAAAUUAUCAUCUAUGGAAGACAGGGCUACUUUCUAAAACUCACAUGGACUAGAGCCUGAAGUUGUUGUCUAAUCUCCAAUUAUUUCAAGAAAAAAUUCAGGUCAUGAAUUUAAUUUUAGCUAAAGAUCUAUUUAUAAUAAAGAUUCAUUGGUUUAAAGUCUAUCAACAACUGCUUAAGAGGUUAAAAAAGUUUAAUUAAACCAAGGAAAAGACACAAAAUUGCAUUUAAUAUAAGAUAUUUUAUCCAAAUAGCAAUUUCAGUAAAACAUUAAUAACAAUAAUAAUUAUUCACAAAAUUUAUUGCCAUAGUUGGGUCUUGCUUUAGACCAAAAAAGAAAUUUAAAGAGAGUUAAUUCUUCAAUGAACUUCACUUCAAAUAAUUAACAAAACCAACUCAUAAAGACUUCCAAAUAUUUUCUUUUGUAAGAUAAAUCAUAAAGAGGUAAUUUAAAUAUAGAAAGCUAAUCAAGAGGAACUAGUAGAUUAAGAAAUCAGUAGAUAGAAAGCUAAUAAAACGAAGAAUUGAAUAAAUCAGUAGGUGAUAAUCUAAAUUAAAUGUAAAAAUUAAAAAAACCAAACUCUUAAUAAUCUUCUAUAAAAACUGUAAAAUCUUCUCCACAUAACUUUUUCCCUAUACAUAGUGAAAAACUUUUUAGCAGCAAUGGCUUCAAAAAUAAUAACAAUUAAAAUUAAAUUGCUGUUAAUAAUAAUAAUAAUAAUAAUAAUAUACAAUAAAACGUGAUAAAUAAACUAAAUCUAAAAGACAAUACAGCUUCUUUCAAGAAUAUAUCAAUUUACUCUAAAACUUUAUCAAAUUUCAAAAGCCCUUAAUAAUUAUAAAACAAAGGUUUAUUUAAAUGUGUAAAGCCAUAAUAAAACAAAUAAAAUGAACCAGAUUAAUAAGUAGACUCUAUUGGCUAGUAAUUAUGUUUUGACGAUAAUUAAGUUUAAAAAGUACCAAUUAAAAGGUUUGAUAUUAAAAAGAAUUAUUUAACUGCAAAUAAAAUAACAAUUCUGAAUCAUAUGCAAAAACCCAUUUUUAUCAAAAAUGAAUGA